AUGGAGCGUGAGCUCACGUUGCGCGCUAUUCGACAAGCUCUAAAUACCUCCGAGACUGCUGAUACUGAGUGUAAACGUAUUGCAGACCUUGCGGACGGCCGUUAUGAAAGGUUCAACGAGAACAAUGAGGCAGAAGUGCAAUCCUUCCAUACGGAUAGCGGCAGCAUACGUGAAUUCUUUCAGGAUUACUUUACUGAGGUAGCAGAGCUCAUCAGUCUCCGCUCUACCGAGGGUAUUCUUGGUGGUGGGCUCGACGCCAAGCUCAUUGAUGCUGAUGGUGAGAUCAUACGGGCGUGGGCAGAUUUACUGUUCAAAGAGUACUCUGAGAAAGAAGAAUAUCUUGGAUGUGCAGAUCAUCUACUUGCUGUUUUGCGCAAGAAGUAA